AAGUCAAGCCAGCCAGCGAUCAGAGGACGGUUGAGUGACUUGUACCUUCCUGCUAUCACAGGAACAAUGUCAAACCUGCAGACAGCAAGGGCCAGACUCAGUCACUCAUGUCCUUAUCUGAGCCCCAGCAGACGUCGUGGCUCCACCUCCUCCAUCAACUCACAGAGAGCUCCUGACUUCAAGAGCAAGCAGGCGAGUCGCCUCUGACUCUGUUGACAGAUUACACUGCAGCUUUGAACUAGUUUGAAGUGUUGAGUUACAAGUUUUAGUUGGUCUCUCUGAUUGACAGUGUCUAUGCUUUGGGAAAAUCUGUUUUAGAGCAUUUUCACUGCCAUAUAAUGUACCUUCUUUGUAACCUGGUUUCUGAAAGUGUUGCAUGUGAAGAAUAUUUGACUUCUCUUUUUUAGAGUUACCUCAAAGCACAAAAAGAGUCCAAGAAGUCCAAUGUGACUGUGACGAUGGUGUACCUGGGUCAGGGGCUUCCUGGCAGCUCUCAGGAUGAGAUGAAAGUGCUUCAACAGAUCUGUGGAGGGGAGAACAUCUGUGUGUUUAAAGGAUUUGUCCAACCUGGAGAGCAAUUUCAGUUCACAUCGCAGAGACACCUGGGCUUCCCCUUCAGUGCUACUGUCUUUGUGAAUGGAAUCAUAGCAGCCAGGAUCAGUUCCUGCUGCGAGUACAGAUACGCCCCUGGCUUUCAGCAAGGCCGCAGGAGCUGCUUCAGACUGACCCGUCUAAAUGGAGGAAAACCCUGCUACAAAUGUGUGAAUUCAAGGCAUGGUAUUGGCACCCCAGCGAUUGAUAGUCCAGCUCCAGUCUUGCAAAAAGCCAUCAAUUCUAAUGAAGGUGUUAUGGAGUCAUGCCCUUCUUCCCCUUUGUUUGUCCCUCUUGGAAUGGAAAGAUCAUUGCAGAAGACCAGAAAGCUCUCUAAAGAUGGAGGUGCUUUGUCAACAGACAGUGAAGACGUAAAUGGCAGUGCAAAAGAAAAAAAACGUCACAAACGCCAUCAAGGGCAACGCAGCCUGCGAGUAGAAGGCAAAAGUUUAGAAGAAUCGCAAGCACAUAAAAAGGAAAACAAACCACCUUCCAACACCAAAGAACAGCUGCAAACAUCAGCAAAAGAACAUGUGCCAGACAAGGAGAAUUCAGUCACCGAAAAUAAAACUAAAGUGCCAGGUGAGUGGAAAUCUUUUCCAGCGAUGUGGUUCCCAACUCUCAAGGCCGUUGGAUGGAGUCGCUUGCCAGCGCAAUGUAAAACUUUGAAGCCUUGUUGUAAAUCACUUGGUUGUAUUUUAUUUUAUAGACAGCACUAUCAAAGACAGUUGCAUUUCUCAAGAUUCAUUGCAGGAAGGAAAAACCUUGACUAAGCGCGAUGGCGAGAAAACGAUGGAUGCUUCGCAAUCAAAUGGAAAAAGCAGCAACAGGGGAAGACUGAGGGACUUCUAUGAAGAAUGUGUUGAAAUGAGCACUGGUCUGGAAUCAGGCCUAGACCAACAGAGGUGGUUCAAAGUAAACAAGUCUGAGAGGAACAAAAUCAAAGAGCGACUCACUUCAGGACUCACUGCCAAUAGCUUGGCAUCAGAAGUGGAACUUAGUGAGGAAAGUGACAGCAGUUUUACAGAAGCAAGGAAACCUAAAAUGAAUAACAACCAAGGUUCUGAUAAGAUCAA